GAUCCGACGUAGGGGAAGAAUGCUCCAUUUGCAGCGGCAACAUUAGAAGUAAACAUCAAAAAAUGUCACUGCCCUUAGGACUGGGGGCCUCUGGCUUCUCCUUCUCUCCCGGGUCUGGUCUGAAGAACCUCCAUGAAAGCUUCUCCAAGCAAGGGUACAAGACUAGGUCUUGUGCAGAUGCUUUAAAGGGAUCACCCCAUUUUUGUUGUGAUGUUGACAAGGUUUUGCAAAGAGGAAGUUUGAGGCAGCAGGUUGUUUCAGUGAGUAGACCAGACUAUUGUGACCAUUCCCAUGAGGAGGGAACAGAAGAGGUUUCUAAAGCAACCUUGAUAUGGAGAGCAAUCAAGUUGCCAAUUUACUCUGUUGCUUUGGUUCCAUUAACUGUAGGUAGUGCUGCGGCCUAUUUGCAAACAGGCCUAUUUUUAUCGGGGCGUUAUUUUCUUCUCUUGGCUUCUUCAGUCCUCAUUAUCACUUGGCUCAAUUUAAGCAACGAUGUUUAUGAUUUUGACACUGGAGCAGAUAAGAACAAAAAAGAAUCAGUAGUAAAUUUGGUCGGCAGCCGUUCUGGUGCCAUUAUUGCUGCCUACUCAUCACUUUUCCUUGGCGUCUUCUGGCUGACUUGGGCAUCUGCAGAUGCAGGAAACAUGUGUUCAAUAUUGUUAUUGGCUUGUGCAAUUAUCUGUGGGUAUAUAUAUCAGGUACAGUGAUUCCUUUUUGCAUUUUGUGAAGUUCUUAAAUAUAUACUACACCUGAGAAAUGGGGCUCUUAUAUCUGUUUUUCUCUUUCAGUGCCCACCAUUAAGGUUAAGUUACCAAGGAUUGGGAGAGCCCUUAUGCUUUGCAGCCUUUGGCCCAUUUGCUACCACUGCAUUUUACCUGUUGCUAGGAAGCACAAGGUUGUUAACUGAACAGUGAUAACAUAUACUUCGGAUUCUGAUUCCCCAUCAUCUUGUUCAUUUAAUAUAAUUUGCACGGGUGUUUUUGACAGCAACAUCACUUCCCUUCCCUUAACCAGAACGAUUCUUUGUGCAUCAUUCUUUGUAGGCUUCACAACAUCCCUUAUUCUGUUUUGUAGUCACUUUCAUCAGAUUGAAGAGGAUACGGCAGUCAGAAAAAUGUCACCACUGGUGUGUAUGCUUCUAGUUUUCAUGUUUUUUGUGAGGAAAGCAGCUGAUUCAUUUUUCCAUUUUUUCCUCCUUUCCUGUAAGCAGGUCAGAUUGGGCGCCGAGAGGGGUUCUACAGUAGUGAAAGGGGCAGCCAUGAUACUUUAUACUCUUUUAUUUUCCGCUGGUAUAAGCGGAGCUCUUCCCUUGACUUGCUCUGUUCUUUGCGCCCUGACAUUACCCAUAGCGAAACUGGUGGUUAAAUUUGUUGAAGAGAAUCACAAGGACAAAGAGAAGAUCUUCAUGGCAAAAUAUUACUGUGUGAGACUGCAUGCAUUGUUUGGAGCUGCAUUGGCAGCUGGAUUGGUCUUAACCAGGGUGCUUCCUAAAAGAUAUGUCCCAAGGCUCAUAUUCUCUUCAGUGAUCCUCAGUCUAGACAUGAAAAGUUGAUACCAAAGAUCAAAUCCAGAUGGAGGAAUAAUUCAUCUGAGUAAGCACAUCAGUUUGCUGUUGAAGCUAAGAACCCCCACAUAAAUGCUUGUAACACAACCCAAGUUGUUCCUAUUUUUGCUACUAGCAGGCACAAUUAGCCGAGAUGAGUGAUCUGUUCUUUGGGGGCGUUGCUUGGUAGGAGGAUGGAAAAGGAGAAUAAUAAAAAAAUUUUACACUUGAU